GUAUUCCUACUGACCACCUGUGCUAUAUGACACCGUCAUCUUGAGCGGACUAUCUCACAUAGCGAUAUCCCUUUUUUUCCCAGGUAUCCGAAAUCAUGGAGAGCCAAACGCGUGAAGAGCCACUCCUCAACUUCUCCAUCGACCUGUACAAGCACCUCGCCGAGAAGAGCGGUCGUAUAGGCAACAUAUUCUUCUCUCCAUUCAGCAUCUCCGCGGCACUCUCCAUGGCUCUGGCAGGGGCGCGGGGUACCACGGCUCAGCAGCUGGCCGCCGUUCUACGCGUCACCGGCGAAGAGGUUCACCAGCAAUUUUGGGGUUUACUUUCUAAACUUGGGGGCCUUGCCCCCGACGUGAAGCUACACGUCGCCAACCGGAUGUACUCUGAACAGACGUUUCCGGUUCUGGAAAGUUAUCUUUCUCGCCUUCGGGGUUCUUACAACGCCACCAUUGAGUCCGUUGACUUCAGGAACCGCUACGAAGAGGUUCGACGUCUGGUUAACACCUGGGUCGAAGAGGUCACCGAAUCAAAGAUCAAGGACCUUCUCCCCGAUGAUAGCGUGGAUGCAGUGACCACCUUGAUUAUCGUGAAUGCCAUCUACUUCAAGGGAACUUGGGAUUCACAGUUCCCUCCCAAGUCGACGUGCCGAAUGAGUUUUCAUCUGGACUCAAAGAUGAAGAGAAAAGUAAACAUGAUGCGGCAGAAAAAUGACUUCAUGAUGGGUCGUCUCGUAGAUCCAGAGGCAACGGCCUUGGAAAUACCGUACCGUGGUAGCAAGGCCUCCAUGGUCGUCCUCCUGCCCGAUAAAUACGAAGGACUGUCCCAACUGGAGGACGGCUUGACCGCCGAGAAACUUUCCGACCUCUUGAAGAAUUUUCGCUUGGUUAAAGGCGUCGAUCUGUUCCUUCCGAAGUUCAAGCUGGAGUAUAGGAUUGAUCUCAAGGAAACGCUGACAUCCAUGGGAAUCAAAGACUUCUUCACGCCGGCUGCUGACCUCAGUGGAAUAAGCGAUAUGGGCAAACUUAUGGCGUCCGAAGUGUUCCACAAGGCCUUCGUGGAGGUGAAUGAGGAAGGCACGGAGGCAGCUGCUGCUACGGGCAUCAAGGUUGUGCUUUACUGCUCACCGCCUCAGUUUCAUGUCAACCGCCCAUUCAUGUUCUUCAUACGCAGCAUUGACCCAGAGGCUAUCCUUUUCGUGGGUUCUGUUCGCGACCUUGAAGCAGAUGAAUGUUCGUUAUUGUCAGGUAAUACAGAAGCAGGAAACUCAGAAAGCAGCUCAUCAACGCCUGCGUCCUCGGAUGACUCUAAUUCAGAGUGAACGCCAUAACAGCUAUACAGGGUGUUUCAUUUUAGCUGCACCAAAUUUGUAAAAAUUGCCUGUGGCAGAUAGCACAAUUAUAAUCCUUGAUCUAAACUACUCGAUGAGGCGGCCACUACUUCCACAAGACUUCAAAACGGCUAAUUGAAUAGUUAACAUAAUUAAGGUAAUUAACUUUUUAUUUCAUUAUUUUACGGCACAUAUUUCAAUGUACGAAUUAUAGCCGCUGAAUUCGUAAGACGUAUCCACUUGGAAUGAAUUCUCAGGACAGAACCAGUUUCGAGACAUUAAUUUUUCAAGGUGUCCGACGAAAUGCAUGCGCGUUCCAGUUAACUUUUUGAGGAAAAUGCUGUUUUAUGCAUUGAAGCACAAAAGUAACUGGAACUCGUCCGCCGUCCGCUAAGGGGCUACGCCCGCUACGCGUCGCGCCCUCCUUCGCUCCAUCGCCCACUCCUUUGUGCGUGGCGGUUUUCCGCCAGUUCCGUUCGCUUGCUCCUCCAAGUUCGGUUUCCCGCCCUACACCAGAGUACACCAAUGCCGAGGUGCGAGUGCCACUAGCAGACACCUAAGUCAAUGAUUAGCGUCGUUUCUCUCUCUCUCUCUCUCUUUGACACGCAAGCGGUAGCGUAUUAUGAUCCAGUUCCACGUGACAACAACUUGAAGUAGCAGUCGUUAGUGGUUACUUUUGUGGCUUUGUGAAUCGGCGUCACUACUGCAGGUUGAUGUUGUAGCUCUGUGCUUGCCUUCUACUGCAACAGUGUAUUCUAUUUGCUGCUUACUCCACAGUAGUCUAAUAACAAUCAGUCGUGAAUAAGCCCUUCUGUCAGUAAUCAUCACGGACUGCUGUGAAGCCUUUCGUAUGUGCAAUUUUCCGGAAACGCAGUGCAGAGGUCCCAGAAAAUAAUUAGCUCCUAGCAUGAACAUUUCAGCCACCAGCACCGUCUGGUCAGUCUACAUGCCUUCAAAGAAGUAGUUCAUUCUGGAUAAAGUGCUGUCGCAAAUGAUUCUGUCUCCGGAAAUUAAAAUGAAUUAUGUGGUUUCACGUCCCAAAGAAGCUUUCGUGGUCUUUGAAAGACGCGGUAAAUUUGGUCAGGGUUUCUAAAUUAAAUUUUCUCUUUAACGAAGAUCUAGAUAUAACUAAAAAAAUUUCGAGUCAUGUCGACUUCGUUAAAUUGAGGUUGCACUGUAUAGAUAGACACCCGGCCAAGUACUGCUAGCGAACUUUGCUUAGUGCGCGUUUCAAUUCGGUUUUAAACGCCCUGCAUGUUGACUCCAGCAGAAUGGCUCUUGUAAUCUAUUAGUAGCAAGAGGAUGAUUUCGCGAGAAAGCGAAGCACGAAACACGGGGCACGAGACAAUGUGGAAUGAAUGAAUUGGACCUCUUUUGUAGAAAGAAUGGAUCUCUGGCUUGGAUGGGGUAUGGGGGACCCACCGCGGUAGCUUAUUGGCUAUGGCCUUGCGCUGUUGAGAUCGAGGUCGUAGGUUCAAUCCCGGUGGCGACGGCCGCAUUUCUAUCACGGCGAAAUGAAAAAAAAAAUGAUCGUGUACUUACAUUUAACUGCACGGUAAAGAACCACAAAUGAUCAAAAUUAAUACGGAAUCCCCCACUACGGCGUGCCUCAUAAUCGUAUCGUGUUUUUGGCACGUAUAAAGCCCUAUUUACAGGGUGAUCUAAGUUAGGUUGACAGGUGCUUUUUUUUUAAUUAGGCGCUGAAACUUACGUGAAGACCACCUCUACAGUAGAGUUAUGUGGCGAGGGGUACACAAAGCGAGAUGAUAAUUAUCGCUGUUAGCAGUGAAAUUAACAAAAAUUGAAUAACUGGCUGCAGUAAGCAGGCACGUUUAUAUGGAAAAGUUAGAGGCAGUCGUGUUUCUACCGAGUUCCACUUGGCAGAACUUUUCUAGCGUAUCCGUGCUUUGAGAUAUCUAAAUGCAAAGUUCAAUUGCCGUUCGCACGAUUACGUAUGCAAGAGAGUGACGACCGGCGCAAAGCUCCUCCCUUAGUGACGCGCCUUUUGCUUACGGCGUUUAGUCUGACAACGGGGAGGAGGCAUAGGCAAAAGGAAUAACUGCCCCCCUUUCACUCUCGGCUGGCGCAGUCUCACAGCGCAGAAGUCGGACCUGCUAUCAAAACACGGAACCGCGCCACCUGUAACGAUGGUAGCUUCAGUUAUACCGAGAUAAGGGAGGAGCUUUGCGCCGGUCGUCACUGUCUUGCAUGCGUAAUCAUGCGAAUGGCAAAUAAACUUCGCAGUUCGAUAUCUCAAAUCAUGGACACGCUAGAAGAAUUCUGCCAAGUGGAACUCUGUAGAAGCACGACUGUCUUUAACUUUUCAACAAAAGCGUGCCUGCUUACUGCAGCCAGUCAAAAUGUAAUCAUUCGUUUUUUUGUUAAUUUCACUGCUAACCGCGAUAAUUAUCAUCUCACUGUGUCCCCCUCGCGACAUAACCCUACUGUAUAGGUGGUCAUCACGUACGUGUCAGCGCCUAAAUUAAAAGAAAAAACCUGUCAACUUAACUUUGAUCACCCUGUAUAUAAUAGAACUUUACGUUCAAUUAAAAUUUUAAUAAAAGUUGAACUCCUCGGCUCCCGUUAUUCUCCUCUCCGUCCUAACUGACUUUUGAUAUUCUUUUGUCGUCACUAGUCGGAACAAGCAAAACUAUGUUGCACCUACAACACUAUUAUUUAAUGCGAUAACAAAUCUCUGUACAAGCAAUAGUCAGAUCGCCCAAGCGGUUUGAUGUACUGGUGUCUUAAGUAAAUGUGAUAAUACAGCUCUCUACUACUAGUGGUUUGAUUGCCCUAGCAGUUUGGCGAACUGGUGUCUAGACAGGGUGUGAUAACAGAACUCUGUACCAACAGUAAUCUGAUCCGCUGAGUGGUUUGAUGAACUUGUUUCUUAAGUGAAUGUGAUAACACAGCUGUGUACGAUUAGUAGUUUGAUCAGGCUAGCAGUUUGGAGAACUGGUGUGUUGACAGAGUGUGAUAAUAGAACUCUUACGAGCAGUAAUCUGAUCCCCUAAGCGCUCUGACGAACUGAUUUCUUAAGUGAAUCUGAUAACACAGUUCUCCACGAUUAAUAGUUUGGUCACUCUUGCAGUUUGGAGAAAUGGUGUCUUGACACAGUGUGAUAACAGAACUCUGCACGAGCUGUAGUCUGAUCACCCUAGUGGUUUGCUGAAGUGGUGUUCUAAUAGAACUGUGAUAACAAGAGCUCUGUGCAAGAAGUAGUCGGAUCAUUCUUGCGGUUUGGUGAACUGACGUCGUUAGUGUGACUUCCUUUCACUUCUACUGCUGUCGUACCUUGUAUUCACUGUAUAGCCCAAAUAAAAGCAGCUCAACGUACACGACGUUCUUUGCAGUGGCAAUUGCCACUGACAGGAACGUCGGCGCAACUUACUUGAAAUGUCUUCCUUGGUAAGAAAACAGCACUGUGGCAGGAAAAGCAAAAUUUGCUGACUUGACACUAUUUCCGACUGUGUAUGCCAUUUGAGUUCAUACUGAAACGUUCCGUAUGCGGUCCAGUAAUCACGUGAGUUUUCCAUGCGAUUCUUACGGGAAUUACGCGAACUUUACAUAGAUUCCUUGAGAAAGAAUACUAAAAGCAUACGGAAAUAUGGAUCCUGUGGAAUGCACAUGGAACAGUUUCAGUGAAUAGUUUCAUUUCUAAAUCAAUAAGGUUGGAUUUUAAUCACUAACCAACCAGUAAAACUUAUUUGUGUAAUACAUGCAUGCUUACGGCCUUCAAAUAUACUUGCUGAAGUAUGGGCUCUAAGGUAAACGUACUAUAUGAGUUAAAUCGAAUAAAUCAUAGACUACUUAGUAAUUAUGGUUGUCUAUAACAACCCCACACUGCUGUAAAAGCGUGGGGGCCCGAUGCAUGAGUCACGCACUAAUCAGAGAACAGAACUGAGCCAAGUGAACGCGAGAAACGGGAAAAUCGAUACGACGACCAUAGAACCAAAACAAUUUAUCUUAAUGAACCACGUCAUCAGAGGGAAUCGGAAUGUUAACUUCGGUAAAGACAUAAUAAGCGUACCUGAUGAGUAUCUUUAGGACGCCAAAGAAAUUUAAAAAUUAAUGCUUUGAAUUACCGCGUAAACCGCAGUACAAAACGCUACUGGACUAUUACCUAUAUAUGUCAUAAUGUAACGUUCUGACUUAUUCGGUUCAUAUAGCUGUUAUUGUAUUUAUUCUUUCUUGUUGAUCUGUUAUUGAAAAAAAUGUGAUUCAGAAUUUUUUAUGCACCACAAGUAAUGAUUUGCAUUAUGGUGUUGCCUUCGUUGUAGCACCUUCAUGCCAAGUGUUUAAUCCGCGAUUUGUUACCAGAAGGGUGCACUGGCCUCUUUAUGCAGUGAGCCUAUCCACUGAACUGCCGAUGUAUGUCGUCUACGAUGUUGUACUUAAGGCAAAACUAAAUAACCUGAAUAAACUGAAUAAAACAA